CAUGGUUCCUCUGCAGGCUAGCAUCGUGACUGGAGACCGCGUUUGGAGAAUGCCUCUUUACGAGCAUUACACAAAGCAGGUCACGGACACUCAGCUGGCCGACGUCAACAACAUUGGAAAAUACAGAUCUGGCGGCGCAUGCACAGCCGCUGCCUUCUUGAAAGAAUUCGUAACCAGCCCUAAUUGGGCUCACUUGGAUAUAGCUGGUGUGAUGGAGAAUAAAGACGAGGUUCCGUACCUCCGCAAAGGCAUGGCAGGACGGCCCACGCGGACCCUGGUGGAGUUUAUUACUCGACUGAGCCAAGACAAGAAAAGCAUCUAGAAGGUGACCAGACCUGCUCUUGUGUAGCCUCCAGCCUUAAAAUCAGCUCUCCGGUUAAUUUUGAAACUGGUACCAAAAAAACCGAGCUGAUGUCCCAGGGAGUGUCUUUGAUUAUCGACUGAAAUACUCAAAGGACCGCAUAGUUUUCUGCACAUUAAAAAAAUACCAGAAUGAUGGACUACAAAUUCAUUUGUAAAAAUCUGCCACUUUUUCUCUUGUGCCAAUGAGACAUCUCAGAGCUGUUUUUUAUACAGUUAAUAUGGCGGGGGGAAGAGCAAUCGCAGUCAGACUUUGUAACCAAAACUCUAUCUCUGUCACAAGCAAUAAACUGAACUUUGAAA